AUUCAGGCACGGUUCAGAGUUAUUUUAGUACCUUCCAUCUGCUUAAAUCUGAAGCUAAAUACCUUGCUUAAAGAUUAUGCUAAACUAAUUGAUGCUAGCAUAUCAGUACACCAUGUGCCCUCAUACUUUUCUACUGCCACGGUGGGAGGGCUGACACCUAAUACUCUUCUAAUUUAUUUGAGGGCCUGAAAGACAGAGCAGUAUCAUCUUGCUUUUGACAACAGAAGUCACACAGCUUUGGUUGAAUUUUUUAUAUAUAUUGACAAAUUAUUUACUAUCUGCUUGUACAUGCUUUGCAUUGCUUUUCCAUUUUCUUUUAUGCUUAUGCAUCUUAUCUUUACUCAGAUGGAUAAUUCUCAACAACAAUAUCUAUAUUACUGUAUGUGGAGGCAACGCACACUACUUGUCCUUUUUGUAAUGUUGGUCCUUUGGUGGAGCAAGAAAAAAGAGAGGAAGAAUAGAGCUAAACGUGUCAAGUAUGGUCCACUUGUCAAGAGAGAUAUUUGGAGGAGUACUGAACUAAUUAGACUGAUCGACACCUCGGAAAGGACGUGUUUGCGCCAGCUCAGGAUGUAUCCGGCCGUUUUCUACAAGCUGUGUGCUCACCUUAGGGACAAAAAGCUUUUGGCUGACACAAUUCAUGUGUCCGUAGAGGAGCAGCUAGCUAUGUUUCUGAAAAUUGUUGGGCAAUAUCACACUCAUUCCUCUGUAGGAUUUGCAUUGUGGCGAUCUGAAGAGACAGUGAGUAGAAUGGGUGAGCAAAAAGAAGGUGCCAAGCGUGAGGUUGCUCGCUCUCGUGAUAAUUACAUGUCAUGGAGUGAUGAUUGUACCAAGUAUAUGCUUGAGUGGUAUAUCGAGAAGCAAAGGGACAAGCCACCAACCUUCAAGUGGAAGGCACAACACCAUCUACAAUGUGCUAAUGAUUUGAAUGACAAGUUUGGAAUUACAGCUACAGCGAAACAAGUUGAUCGACACUUUAGGUCAUUCAAGGAGAAAUGGAAGUGGAUAAAGCUAGCAAAGGGGAGGAGUGGAUAUGGCUUCGAUAAAGUACUUAACAAAUUUAACAUUGACAAGUCAGAGAAAUCACCAAGCAAGCUUGGCAAAAUAAAAUUUAACUACCUUACUCAUUCCAUCAAGUUUUAUCAUCUCUUGGAAGAACUGUUUAGUGACUCAUCUCAUGCGGAUGGCUCACUUGCUAUUGAUGUGAAUAAUGCAAGUGAGAAUGUGGAAUCUGAUGGUAGUAGUGAAACAAGCAGCCACACAUCCACUGCUGAACAAGGUCUUAGUGAUUCUGACAUGAUUGCACCCAACAGUCCAGCAGAAGGCACUAGCUCAAAUUUGAAGCGCAAGCAUGUUAAAGCACCACAUAAGAAGAAACCAAAGGUCAAGGCGCGUCGAGCCAGAGUGUUAGAUGAUGAUGUGGCAGCGAGCAUUGUGAGUCUUGCUGAAACUGUGAAAUCGGCCGCCCCUAUUCAGCCAAUAGCAGCUACAGACCCUAAUGCCAAUCUUUGGAAGCACAUUGAGUCGCUAACUCUCCCAGCAAAUGAGAAAAUUGAGUUAGCAACCUAUCUUGCUAAGCCAGAACAAGAAGUUUUCCGUGGUUUCCUGAAUUGUGCUAGCGACCAGACUUUUAAUGCUUGGGUCCUUGAUUAUUUCGCGCACAAGUACGACGGCAAAGAUCGCGCAACUGCUGAUCCAUCAAUCUGAAUGACAUGUUUGGUGGCUUUCUUUUGGCAAGUGCUUUUGUAGUCUACUUAGCUGCUUUCCAUGCACUUAUGCUAAGUGGAUUCCUGUGCUCUAAGGGUGUUUAGAGGGUCUUACCUUUUGUA